UCAUCGCCUUCAAGUUCAUCAACUCUCGACCCAAAACAGCUGAGAGCACUCCAAUCCCUCAACAUCCCAACCUCAAAGGACCCAUGUUCCAAAUCCGCAUUCCACAACGCCACAACCUGCGACAACUCAAAACCCUUCCGCCACCUCAUCUCUCUCACACUCUCAAACUGCUCCUCCUACGUUGCACUCUCCUUCACCGCACUCCAAUCACUCUCAACACUCCAAACUCUCAACCUCCUCAACUGCCCCGUCACCCCCAUUCGCUUCCCACCCGAACUCACCUCCUCCCUCCGCACCUUCACAUGCAUCAACAGCCUCCGCAAGGUCUCCGGCGUUUGGCUCUCUCAGCUUCAGAAUCUCACUGAUCUCGCCGUAACCAAUGUCCAAGUGAAAGCUUCUGGACCUUACGUUAUCCUUGCCCACAUGGACAAGCUCAAAACUUUGACCAUUUCAAACGCUAAUCUCACUGGUUUUCUUCCUGGGCAUCUUCAUUCCGACCUUACCCAUAUAGAUUUUUCUGGCAACAAGCUCAAAGGGACGAUACCCUCUUCGAUUACCAUGCUUUCUGGUUUGGAAAGUUUGAAUCUUUCCAAUAAUAAUCUCAGUGGUGAGGUACCUGCUACCAUUGGGGACUUGACUUCUCUGACAACCUUGUCUCUGGCUUCAAACUCUUUCUCUGGCCAAAUUCCAGGUUCAAUAUCUUCUGUUUCGGGUUUGAUUCAUUUGGAUCUGAGCUCAAACCAAUUCAAUGGUACUAUUCCAAAGUUCAUUUCUCAGAUGAAGAGUUUAAGGCACUUGAAUCUUGCUAACAACAACCUUCGUGGUGUUCUGCCUUUCAAUCAAAAUUUCAUUAAGAAUUUGGAUGUGUUCAACGUUGGUGGGAAUAGCAACCUUUGCUAUAACCAUUCGGUUCUGUCCUCAAACUUGAAGCUUGGAAUUUCACCUUGUGAUAAGUAUGGGAUGCCGGCGUCUCCACCAUCAAAGGAUUCUUCUUAUGCUGAUGAUAGCAGUGAUUAUAAUGACAGUGAUGGUAGCAGCAAUCAAAAGAAAGGGCACCAUAGUGGCCCUAACAAAUUUGUUCUUGGUGUGGCAAUUGCACUUUCUUCCAUUGUCUUUCUCAUUGUUUUCAUGAUAAUGUGCGCAAAAUGCUGCUGCCGCUAAAGGGUUUUAUUUUCUUUUCAUUUUUCCCUUUUUUUUUCUUAAGAUUAUAGAUUAGGAAAAUUCAUAAUUUGGGGUGAGGGCUUGUUUAAUUUAUUUAUUUAUUAUACAGUGUUACACUACAUACUAGAGAGUAGAUUCAAGAAGCAGGAACAGAAAUGGAAAAAGGUAUAUUGACCAAAACAAAAAUUAUGGAAAUGAAAAGGGAAAAGUUUGAAAAAAAAAAAAGAUUUUGUGGGGAUAUGGCUGUACUGUAGAAGUUGCCCAAGAGGAGAAAAAAGGGAACAAUUAGGAAAGGGAUUAUGAUCAAAUUGAAGUUCUAUAUUUGUUGCUUUUUUUCAAUAAAUGCAUGUGCAGCUGAAUGAUUUUACGUGGAAUGCUAGGCUUGGUUGGACACUGUAUAUUUAGCUGUUUAUGCUGUAAAAGAUUGUAGGUGGUGCAUGUGGCAUCUUAAUUCUUGAAGCUUUCUCUUUUACUUGUACAAUAUCAAGCAUUUAUUUUUCACAUUUGUUAUCUAUA